CGGGGGAGGGAGCGCCAGUGUGCGGGACGUUACAGCGCUGGUGAGUAGUGCGGGCUGUGCGGUGUCUCCGGGGGAUAGUGCGUGCAGUCCGCCAGCAGCGCGCUAAGGGAGUGUUCACACCUGGCGGAUUUGUGGCGUUCCUUUAGGAAUCCCCCCCUGUGUGCGGACCUUACUGAAGUGCCCCCAGACCACCUGUAGCACCAGCGACCAUGGCUGAGGAGGGCAUCCUGCAGGAGAUCUUCACCUCCCCCCUCAAUAUCUGCCUCCUGUGCCUGUGCCUGUACCUGCUCUACAAGAUCCUGAGGGGGGACAAGCCCCCGGAGUCGGAGGAGAGCCGGGAGGAGCGCCUGCCCAAAAUGAAGAGGAGAGACUUCACAGUGGCCCAGCUGAAGGAGUACGAUGGGGCCGAGAACCCCAGGAUCCUCAUGGCCAUCAAUGGCAAGGUGUUCGAUGUCACCAGGGGCAAGAAGUUUUAUGGGCCAGAGGGACCUUACGGUGUGUUUGCUGGCCGAGACGCCUCACGAGGUCUGGCCACCUUCUGCCUGGAUAAAGAAGCCCUGACGGACACGUUCGAUGAUCUGUCAGACCUGACAGCUUCCCAGAAGGACACGCUAAGUGACUGGGAAUCACAGUUUACCUUUAAGUACCAUCAUGUCGGGAAGCUUCUGAGAGAGGGAGAGGAGCCCACAGAAUAUACUGAUGAAGAGGACGUAAAAGAUUCUUCAGAUCAGAAGAAGAUAAACUAAAGAAGCGAGUUUUAGUAUGACCUCUACCAUUCCAGAGCGCGCAUUGUAAUUGCUUCAACCAUAGUCUACGAUAUGUGCACAAGUAGAUGCCAGCAAUGGUGAUCCCGAAUGUUAUUGCAGCACCUUCUGUGCACCACCUUUCCUAUUUCUCUCUUGCUAGGAGCAGUGUUUAAUUGCAAGGCUCUCUAUGAUGCACUAAGAGCACCAUAUAUAACACUAAAUUCCUAAUACUGUAAAAUUCUAACAUCUGCUAGAAUGCGAGUCAUUUUAUUCUGUCUGAAACCGUCUAAAAGUUUGUGGGUGCGCAACCGGUGACCCCCAAUGCCAUUCUCUGUGGCCCCUAAUUAUCAGCCCUUUUGUUUUGUGUCCCACAGCUCAGGGAGAGGUAAGAGUGCUGUCAUUAUACAGCAGCUCUGUUCUCUCUUCCCUGCACUGAUCUUGGAUAUCGGUGCGAGUCCUGGACGAUACUUGUAAGCUGUGUGGUAGGCAACUUAAAGGGUUUUUUGAGAUUCUUAAAAACAUGGCUGCCUAAAAUGAAGUAAAAAUCCAGUAGUCACUUUUUUAUGUUUUGCCACGCUCUGGUCCUGCAGUUAUAGUGCAAGUAACCACUGCUGUCAAUCAUUGGUCUCAGCGGUCAUGUGCUGUUCAUGCACAUGUGACUGCUGAGGCCGGUGAUAGGCUGCAGCGGUCACGUGAACGCUGGAUGUGACAUCAUUGCUGCGUGAUAAGCUGGGACUGGAAUUUGCUGCUGGAGUGGCGAGACAU